UAAAAUUUGCUUUUUGUGGGGCUGUCAGCUCAGUCAGCGGCUCAUUCAUCACUUUCCGACGCGCUCCAGUAGAGCUAGUAGACCUUUUUUUGUAAUCAACCCGACAGUAUUACGCGUCCCCCUACAUUCCCCCGCUGCAUUCUAUAGCAUUCCAUUAAAACAAGACGAUAAGCAACAAGUGUUCCCGGAGAUUCCCUUGAAAAACACCGAGAACUUAAAACUCCAUUGAAAAUUGUGUUCAGUUGUUUUGUUUACCCUGCAAUCAGUGCCCAAGAACGUGGCACAUUUCUGCGCACAAUUGCAGGUAAACAAUCGUGGUACAACAAUUAAAAAAACUUGUUUUCCCCGCACACGCGAAUAAAACUUGAGAACAAUUCCAUACCAGCCGGAGACGAGCACGGCGGUGGAGCUCUAUAAACAAAAUGAUUCCCGGCUAUGGACCCGUAACGCAGGCUCUGCUGGGCACCCUCCUCACCUGGGGAUUGACGGCUGCUGGCGCCGCUCUGGUAAUUUUCGUGAGGGGAAACCAGAGGAGAUCCCUGGAUGCCGCCUUAGGAUUUGCAGCUGGCGUGAUGAUAGCAGCAUCGUUUUGGUCACUUCUCAAGCCAGCCAUUGAGAUGGCCGAGAGUUCCCAUUUGUACGGAGUCUAUGCAUUUUUGCCUGUGUCUGGAGGCUUCCUCCUGGGAUCCAUUUUCGUCUACGGUUGCGAUAAAUUGAUGUCCUACCUUGGCCUUAAUAGCACCAACAUGAUGAUUCAGAUGACGCAAUCAAACAAGGACAAAGCGGACAUUGCCAUUGAGGACUCUAAACGAAAUGGGGCGUCUGAUAGAUUGGCUUCCAAGAGUUUGGAUAGCUUUUCGGACUGUUUGAGUGUCCAGCACAGCGGGGAAUCGAGGCGCCGGAAGAAGGGAAGCAGCAUUAACGAUAUGGAGCAAUGCACCUACACCACACCGGAGGAGCAACAGCGCGCGGAGGAGGCCUUGUCCCAGUGGAAGAGGAUUAUGCUAUUGGUUGUGGCCAUUACAGUCCAUAAUAUACCCGAAGGAUUGGCGGUGGGUGUUAGCUUUGGAGCCAUUGGAUCUACAAACUCUUCGACAUUUGAGAGUGCUCGCAAUCUGGCCAUAGGCAUUGGAAUUCAGAACUUCCCCGAGGGAUUAGCCGUUAGCUUGCCCCUGCAUGCCGCAGGAUUCAGUGUGAAGAGGGCCCUAUGGUACGGACAACUGUCGGGAAUGGUGGAGCCUAUCUUUGGCGUGCUUGGUGCCGUGGCUGUGACCUUUGCCAACCUAAUCCUGCCGUAUGCCUUGUCCUUCGCCGCUGGAGCUAUGAUCUACAUUGUGUCGGAUGACAUUUUACCCGAGGCACAUGCCAGCGGCAAUGGUACGAUCGCCACGUGGGGUACUGUAUCCGGAUUCCUGAUAAUGAUGUGCCUGGAGGUGGCUCUGUCGUGAAGAAUCACCAGCCAGCCAUCGCCCGCCUCGCAGAACUCCUAAGCUAGUGUAAAACUCAAAGAUUCCAUUGUACUUAACGCUAUUCCUCUGCUGGCUUGUAAAUAGAAGCGGGCAUUGUACAAAUCUCAAAACCAGCCCAAAACGAGAAUCUAAUAAUCUAACGUAGAGUGUAAGUUUUGUAGAAAAGAAACUUGAGAAUUUGCUAUGCCGCGGUGGCAUCCGUGCAAUUGUAAUCUGUGUACUGUAUGACAAAUUCCCAGCGAGUUAUGUAAAUGAAUCGUUCUCGGAAAGAUUGUAAACAAAUGUGCAUGUGAAUUAGGUUUUAAGUUGUCACCGGCGUCCAGCAGCUUGUGUCUUUUAAACUGUUUAAUGUUUAAGCAAUAAAACAAAGCGCAUUCAAAUGAA